AUGGCGCUAGCAAGACUAACUUUUCUUUUUGCCAGUGUGCUUUAUAUUUUUGUUGGACUGCAGCAGGCUGUGUGCAUUCAGGAAGAUAAAACUCAGUUCUCAGAUAUAGUAAAGGCCAUUGCGGGAUUAGAGUUACGCAUAUCGACCUUGGAGGGCGAGAAUGCAAAACUUCGGGAUGAAAAUGCUGAGCAGAGAACGAGAAUUGACACACUAAACAAUGAUAUCAGUUUUUUGAAGAAACUGAUUCCGGCUAAUGAACAUGUGGCAGACUCAUCGAACGAAGACCACACCAGAAAGAAAAACGAAGGGACACACAAGGAUGACAAAGUUGCGCUAACGUCAGUUCACCUACCGGCGAGUCGAGUUAAAAAAACUUUGAAUGGAGAGAUCGCCUUUACUGCGUACUUAGAUCAUGAUGUUUCCAACAUCCAGAACGGGAAUACCGUAAUUUUGAAUAAGAUUGUUUUAAAUGACGGACAUGGUUAUAACCCCGCUACAGGAGUUUUCACAGCCCAAAUUGCGGGAACGUACUUUUUCACAUUCACUAUACGUGGCUCAUUAGGGUACACAAAUGUGCAACUAUUAAGGGACGGGGAUCAUAUCGUUGGAAUUGCAGUCGAGGCCACCCAAGCACUUGACAACAGUAUGUCAACUAACGCCGCUGUCUUCCGACUAGAACAGGGCGAGUCAGCUUGGCUACAAGCGCAUUGGCAGGGUGCAAGCCUCGUCAGUCGCGCAGAUUUCCAUCACGUGACCUUCACUGGAUUUCUGUUGUACUAAUAAAUGUUGGUCAAAACCA